AUGAGUGCUGUGCGAUUCACGGCCAAACAGGUCCUAGAACAUAUAUUUUCCAAUGACUCUGACUGCGACGAGGAAGCGGACGAGGAAGCGUCCGAAGAAGAAGACGGGGAGGAAUACAACCCAGAGGAUGAGGAGACCACAGAGGACGACAACGACGACGACUACGACGCCGCAGCCGCUGCCGCCGCCGCCGCAGAGGACGAUGUCCAAGUAGAAGAAGGUGAAAGUGAGCGAGGAGAGCGAGGAGACCUCCGCCGCUGCCGCAGCCGCCGCCGCAGCCGCCGCCGCAGCAUCAGCCCCAGAACACAACACGAUAUCCCUCGAGUGGAAAGAGAGACAUUCGUGUCGAGAAACGGCCAAAUCCUAUGGUGCUUGGUGCCCUGUGACAACAAUCGGGGCGUCGGAGGGGCCGCCGCAGCGGCAAAAAGUAACAGGCCGGUUGCUGAGGUGCCGGAGGACAUGAGGCCCGGGCCUACUAGGCAGGCCGUAGGCCAAGCCCGCGACAUCCUCUCCACGUUCCGCUUGUUUUUCACACCCGAGAUAGAAGACAUCAUCCUGGAGAUGACCAAUCUGGAGGGCGUUCGAAAAUACGGAGCCCGAGGCGACGGCGACGGCGACGGCGACGACGACCACCGCCACUACGCCGACGACGACGACCACGAAGACCACGAAGACCGCGACCGCGGCGGCGGCGGUCGCUGGAAAGCGAUGGACUCCACAGACCUGCGAGCCUACGUAGGGCUGCUCAUCCUAGCCGGCGUGUACAGGUCCCGAGGCGAAGCGGCCUCUAGUCUCUGGGACGCCGAGAGCGGAAGGACCAUUUUCCGCGCAACCAUGCCGCUCAAAGUCUUUCACGCUUACUCGAGACUCCUUCGCUUCGACGACCGCCAGACCAGAGCCGAGAGACGCGCAGCAGGCGGCGGUGACAAACUUGCGGCCGUGAGAGAGGUCUGGGACAAGUGGGUCGAGAGGCUGCCGCUCCUCUACAACCCCGGGCCCGACGUGACGGUGGACGAGCAACUGGUCCCUUUCAGAGGCCGAUGUCCUUUCCGCCAGUAUAUCCCAAGCAAGCCGGCCAAAUACGGCAUCAAGACCUGGGUGGCCUGCGACUCCAAAUCCAGCUACGCCUGGAAGAUGCAGGUCUACACCGGGAAGGCCACAUGCGGAGGCCCCGAGAAGAACCAGGGGAUGAGGGUCGUGCUCGAUUUGACGCAGGGACUCAGGGGUCACAACGUCACCUGCGACAAUUUCUUCACCUCAUACGAGCUCGCGCGCCAGCUCCUGACCAGGAACGUCACCGUGGUCGGCACAGUCAGAAAGAACAAGCCAGAGCUCCCGCAGGCGCUGCUCGCCUCAAAGGACAGGCUCCUCUUCUCCUCCAAGUUCGCCUUCACGCCCACCACCGCUCUAGUGUCCUACCUGCCAAAGAAAAACAAGAACGUCUUACUCCUGAGCACGCUGCACACCGAGGCUCACGUUAGCCGUCGCCAGGACAAGAAGCCGGCCAUCGUCCUAGACUACAACAGCAACAAGGGAGGUGUGGACAACCUAGACAAGGUGAUUGGAACCUACAGCUGCAGGAGGAUGACCGCGCGCUGGCCCCUGGUCAUCUUCCACAACAUCCUUGACGUGUCCUCUUACAACGCUUUUGUCAUAUGGCGAGAGCUCAACCCUACUUGGAUGCCUGGUAAGCGAAACAAGAGGAGGGUGUUCCUCGAGCAGCUGGGAAAGGCACUAGUGACUCCGUUCAUACAAAGAAGGGCCCGUCUCCCUCGCACCGAAGCCUCUGCGGCGCUCGUCAAAGCUGUUCAGAGGGCUACGUAUCGUGAUCAGCCCCGGCGUGAUCACGCCCCCGCAGCACCGGACCACGCACCGGCCCAAGCACCCAACCCCGCACAACCCAGUAAGAGGAAGAGGUGUCAG